AUGGCUCAAUACCGCUCUGUGGCCUCCCUCCCCCAGGGCUUCUCAGUCUACCAGCCCCAACUCGGCGCUCAGCUUCAGUUCUUCCCUGCUCUCGGCUCGCAGGAACUCGAUGACAUGAUCAACGCCUACAUUCCCGGACCCGCUGCUCUCAAGGAAAAGCGGGCAACCAUCUCGCUCGACUUUUUGGAGCACACACAGCUUACGGGCCAGACAUUCAAGUUCUACCCCGUCUACUCCGCCAGCCCCGUCGCUACCUCUCCCGCCAUUUCCACAUCUUCCUUCAGCAACACAUCUCCCGUCAACUCAACGUGGGAUUGGAGUCAAGCAUCCGCUUCUCCCGCAGUGUCUUCUCGAUCUUCCAGUUCCAAGAGCCGCAAGGCCUCUCAGUACUCUACCCCUGAUCUUUCACACCUCCCCGGCAUGAAGAUCAUGACCAAGGACGGCCAGGAUGUCACAGACUCUGCUUCUCGAGGAUCAAAGACAAAGGAGCAGCGUGAUCACGCACACCUGAUGCGCAUCAUCAAGGCCUGCGACAGCUGCAGAAGAAAGAAGAUUCGAUGUGACCCCAGCCACAAGAAGCGAACGGCCGCUCAAACCCAGCCUCAGUCUAAGCAAGCAAAGAAGGCUCGAACGGCGGCGGCGGCGGUAGCGGCAGCAGUAGCAGCGGCACCGCCGCAGAAAUCGGCUUCUGUAGUGGCUUUAUCAAGAGGGCAAGACGACAAUCCAGACAUACCAAUGUCCAUGUUUGGCAUCGAUCCCACCUUUACAUUUGCUGGCUUGGACAGCUUCGAGUCCAAUGACCAGACAUACGAGUCAUGGGAAGAAUUUAUCCAGUAUCCCGUUGACGUCGCCGAUGAGCACUACGACUUCUUCCUCGAUCCCGAAGGCUACCUUUCCUCCCAGUCUUCUGCUUCCUCUUCUUCUGCUUCGCCACCCAAGGCCUCUACGCCUGCGUCGCAGCAAGAUCUGCAGGCCUCAUUUGGCCUCGAGGAGCGCGAGGGAAUGUUAUCCGAAUCGACAUCACCAGAGCUACCGUUCCUGCAAGUCAAUCACACUGGACUCAACAACUACACCGACUUUAGCCUGUUCUCGCCCUCAUCGAGCUUCUCUGAGGAUGACCGCAUGCUUUCGAUUUCGUCUUCGCGUACUCUAAGCCCGACCCAGCCGUCUGCGUCAGAGUCUGAGUCAUUUGGAGACGGCUUUGAUGCUGAAGGCCAUGGCCUUGCGACUGGCGGUAGCGGCUCAAGCGCGCUGGUCUCUCCAUUGGAAGAGGCUGGUUUAGUUGCGGCUGCCGACACGAGUCUGCCGUGGUAUGAUCCGGGUCCCAGUCCGGGAGACUCUCGAGCACAAGACUCGCGAGCCGGCAUAAGUAUAACACGGCCCGCAGGAUGGGUAGGUGAUGUUCGCAUAGCCUACUCGCCGGGCGGCUCGGUACUUGUCACGGCAUCAUCCGUAAGCGGUGCAGAAAUAAUUGCGAACAAUGCAUUCGCGAAUAGCGGACCACUUGCUCAACUAGAUACUUCUCGACCUGGAUCAAUUGCAAUUGCAAUUGCCGGAAGGGAUACAUCAGGCGAAAUUACCACGAGCCAAGCGACAAGCACUGCACUGCAGUUCGGCGGCGAAACUCAAGAUGGACUCCAAUCAUAUGGUCAUUCGCCAACUGAACGUGGCAGACUCCGAAGUGAAACACCAGUUGGUGAUUCAGCUAGAUUGUUUGGCGAACAAGCCGUCUUCCGAACCGAAACCACGAGCGACCAAACCGCCUCGCCCUCUACGCUGGCGACCGCCGCGAACCAUUCAGUCCAGUAUUCGACGGGCUCGGUAGAGUCUUCCUCGAUGGCUCGCACCGAAUAUCUUGCAAACAGCGGCAUAAACCCCGAGGUCUCGCCUGGCAACUUACAAUUAUCGUUUGGCGCUACGUCCGAUGCUCUUCUGCUUGGCUCAGCCGCAUUUGCAGCCGCCGGUGAGGAUGCUACGACGGCCAGCCCACAAGCUUCGUCCGCCACCAUUCUUGAAUGGCCACACCUACCUGCUGCAGGAACCAAUGGCAGCAGAAGCAGCCAAACUGCCCUGCAAAACGGCGAAACCCAGAGCCAGCAGCAAGCAGCAGCCCCUAUGGCCGAGGACGGAAUUCAACCAACCUCGCUGCUUCUUCUCCAGACGUCGUCGCCCAAGCGAGAUGCUGCAAGCGACGAUGGUGUCGAGUUCGGCAUAAGGAGAAGCUUCAACAGGUGGAUCGGCGUUCAAGGUCUUGCGCAGGUCACUUCGGUGAUCCUGAUUGGCAUACUGACUGCAAUGAUGCUUGCCAGCCUCACGGGAUCGUCAGCAGCGUUCUGCUUUGCCUCUCUGGCACCCGCUAUGGGAGCUUGCUUCCAACGUUUUGCAGUAGCCGACAGCGGCUCAAAGCCUGUUGGGACGAUGCCAUCGACAACGUCAAGUUCAAGAUCCCAACCUCCAGUACUACGACGCGAGAUUCUCGCAUCGCCUACAAUUUCUUCUCUUCUUCUUUUCUCCCGAGCAAGGCUAUGGCCUUCUCGCUGCGGCGUACAAAAUGCAACGUCCGUUCGCAUCCCUUUGAUGGCAUAG